UAGGUACCAGGGAGUUUCUCUUUACUUUAAUGGAAUUUAUAUAUUUUCGUUGGUCUCUACGGGGGAGCAAAUGUGGAAUUUGACUGUUCCGGGACCUGUUAAAAAUAAUACCUGGAGUCAAAUUGGAUUACUGUGGACAAAAGAAACCGGUCUGGAAAUGUUUGUCAAUAAUGUAUCUGUCGGACACGUGAAGUAUCCAGAUAAAGUUGACCCACCACAGCUUCGAGAUCAACCAAUGGAAUUAACUGUAGGUUGUCGCAAAACGCAAGAUGGCGAUUAUACAGAUUUUGCGUACGGUGAAUAUGAUGAACUAACUGCUUGGAUGUGGGCGCUUGAAGAAGAACAGAAAAUUUACUUUUUAGGCGGAUAUGAUUGUGACCCGGAAUUACACCCACUUAACUGUGAAACGAAUCUGGAAAAAAUAUUGAAAAAAAUGGACAAUGCUGAUAUGGAGAGCACUGCUGCACUUGCUGAGAGCUUGGACCAUCUGAAGAUGCUCUCUGAAGUUGAGAAAGAUCCUGCAGGAUCCGACAAAGAAGAAGAUAAAAACGCAGAGACGAGAAAUAAAGAAGAAAUCAAGACAUUUGUUGCAAUCAUCGAAAAACUGAUUGUUAACACGUGGAAUGAACCAAACAAUUUGGAAAUAGGGGAUCUGGAAAGCAUGCUGGCAGUUCAAGAUUUAGCUAGUAAUCUGUUGGAUGAAAAAUACUACGAUGGUUGGCAAGCAAUGCAAAAUGAUGGAUUGGCUUCGGUUGGAUUCAUGAAUCGUGUGACAGAGUAUAUUAUGCAGAAAAUGAGUCAAACGGAUAUAGGAAAAGAGCCAAUGACGAUGGAGAAAAACUCAAAAAAUAUUUACUCCGAUUUGCGUAAAAGUUCUUUGUUUGAUAUUCUGCAUGGAGAUGAACUAAUAACUUAUCCGGAAGUCAAAAAAGAUGAAGAAAGUAAUCAAAGAAGAAGGAAAAAGAGAGAAACGGAGGGAAAUGACCAGACACCUGAGGACGAACCAAAAGUUCAAGUAAUGGUAACAAAAGAACUUUACGGGGACGUUAACAAAUAUGAGAAAGUAUCUUUUGUUGGUAGUUCCUAUAAAUCUUUAGACAGACUAUCUCCUUUAUGGAACAAAAGAACAGGGAACUUUACGACGCUGAUUUUCAUCGACAGCGAAAUUGUAACUGUCAGAAGUGAUCCCAAUGCCAGUUCUGCAGCACUAGAAAAGGAACCGGUACUGGUCAAGAUGAAACAUAGAAGGAACGCAAAAGCCACAGGACGGAAACUGAUGGCAGAUAAAGAAUUAGAAGAAAACGGCGAGGUUCGAAAUCGAGAAUGCGUAAGAUGGGACCCUAAUCUACAAGCUAGAGGGUCUCGCGCAAAAGGAGGCUGGUCUCCGGAUGGGUGUUCCAUUGCCAACACAAGUGCUGAAGAAUCGACCUGUAAAUGCACUAUGCUGGGAACCUAUGCUAUCCUAUCCAAAAUACGGCAGCCCUUUGAUAUCCCUCCCGAAGACGAAUGGGUAAAAAUUUGCAAGUGGAUCGGCUUCGGGGUGUCCAUUAUCUUGCUUGUUCUUUACAUCUUCGUCAUUCUCAUAAGGAAGAAACUGCACGAACCGUUUCACAUUAUUCGCCUCAAUUUAGCUCUUGCAGCCCUCGGCGCUUUAGUUUCAUUUUGCUUAUCUGGAUUCUUGUUCGACGAUGAGAGUACCUGCCGUAUCUUGUCCAUAACGAUCCACCUCUUUUACACUGCGGUUGGAACUUGGUUGAUUGCUGAAGCUCAUGCACUAUUUUCUACUUUGGUAAACGGGGCAAUCGGAGGAAAGUUCACACUCUAUUUCAUGAUUGGGUGGGUUGCACCGGCUGGCAUGGUAGGAGGAUGCUAUACCGUUAUAGUGGAUUACGGUUACGAUUAUCGCUGCCUGGUUGGCCCAACAGCGAGCAUGCGGUGGCUUUUAGUUAGUCCGAUCUUGAUAUCAAGUCUGGUAGCAUUUACGUUUUCUCUUUUGACGUGCAUCAAUUAUGGAACCCCUGCAAUCAAAAAGACAGUGAUUGUUAAUGAAUUAAGGUACGUUAAUAUAUUCAAAAGCCAUAAUUUUCUGAAAUAUGAAUUUCUGCCCACAAGAUCUAGUUUUAUCGUAACUCUUCUGUUUUUUUCUACUUGGGUAUGUGGAAUUUUUGCUCUGAUAGACCUUGGAUUCGAUGGUGGGGAAAUUCCAGCUUUCAACCCCAUUUUCCAGAUCCUGAAUUCAUGCCUGGGCGUCUUCAUUGUGGCCCUAAUUGGACUGGGAUCGAAGCAUUUCCGAUACUGCCUUUGCCACGCCGGACGAAGCACUACACAGACCAAAGCACUUAAUUUAGACCCGUUUGACAUUCAUGACAAGGCUAAAAUUAGUAACAUGAAAAAAAUAUAUACAGCAAAUUAAUUAUGGCAUCAAAGAUGAAGAGUGGAAUGUUUAUUUUGCGUUAAGUAUUUAGAAACUAUGUAACCAUGUCAUUGUAUAUGAGAUGAAUAAAUAUUGAAAUUCC